AUGGUCCCAUCCUAUGCGAACAGGGAUAUGCCCCCGUACUACAUGAACGAGAAUCUCAUGCUUCACAGCAACAAUCCCAGCCACAACCACAACAACACAAGCCCAUCUGCGCCACGCUAUUCGCCAAAUUUGCGGCCAUGGAGAAGACAGCACUCUCAUAGCUCUCUUUCGUUCAUGACCAGCCCUCGACUUGAGCAAGCAGAGUAUACAACGUCGCAACACCCACGACGGCCAGCAGACCGAACACCUAUCUGCGUUUCACCUUUCCGAUCCGUACAGAGAAUGAAACAGCCUUUUCAACUGAUGCUGCCAGCAUCUCCAGCAUGUGAAAGUACAACGACAUUUGCAAAAGAGCCCAGACGAUUGCACCCUAGCCCUUCACUAUCGGACUCAAGAGAGUCACAUCCAUCGUCGUCUUCCACAUAUUUUUCGCCAAAGCCUGAGUCUGAAUCCGAGAAUGAACCUGAAUUCAACAUAAUAUGUGAUUGUGCGCCUGGAGGAAAGAUAUGCGACAGCUGCAACGUGCAGCAAAGCCUUCAGAUCCAAAACGAAGAGCAAAAGAGAACUGGAGAAAUUACGAACGUUCAUAUGGCACACUCCACUCUUAUCAAACAAUAUGAGGAUGCUAAUGCCGAUGCCAAUGACCGCGAAGCCACGCCCUCAUCCGCCGAAACAGACUCCACCACGCCUUCGUCAAGCUGCAGGGAAACUGGAGAGGAAGAAACACUUGGCAGAUUGCAAAGGACAAGAGCAGGGACAACUUCUACCCAAGCGAGCUGGGUACCAGAUAACUUCUCGUACUGUCAGAAUUGGCUCCAGGGUGUAGAGGCCAUGGACGUGAAGGACGAGAAGUCUAGGGAACUCAGUCGGCGGAAAUUCCAGAUUGUUCAAGUGAGCCCGCCUCCUAGUAAACACGAUGUCAAGGAUGUGAAGUUGGCUGUUGCCAGUAGAACAAAGCCAAAGCUUGUCGACAUAUCACGACAGUCAUCGCCAUUAAUGAGCUGUUCUGUUCCUGCUCAUCAGCAUCCAGUCCCUUCCACACCAGAUCAUCGGCAGCAAGAAAUAUCUGCAUUUAGCCCUGACACGCCUCUUGAUAUCGCAGACAGCGGCUAUGCCACUCAUCUUGCGUGUUUCUCUCUGAAUGAUAGUCGAGACGAAAAGGAAGAUGAUUAUACAUAUGCGAGCUCAAUAACUUCCGAAAGUGUCAGCUCAACUAUUGUCUGCGAGAAACCAGCAAUCAGUUCAGAACGAUCCAUUUCACCAAACAGAACCGAUCAGCCACCCAAUGCCACGCUAGCACCAAAGCCAGACGCGUCACCUGGGACUUCAUCGAAUAAAUCACAACAAGAACAGCUCGAAAAAUGGUGGGAUCAUGAAUGGACCAUCGAUCAACUGGAACAAUCAGUGAAAGACUUCCCGGAAAGCAAGCUUAAACUGACAUCCCCGGUCAUCAUGUUCCUGCGCGAAAGCAACGAAAAAUCACUUAUACGCCAAUUUCGGAAAGUCUUCCCAGAUGCCGCAGAAUAUCAGCUGGACUGUCUCUGCGCUUCUUUAAUAGCCCGAAACUACAUCUUCGAACUGUGCUCGAAUCACCGACGAAAUAGCAGAUUUUCACAUCGGCUCAACAUUGCUUCAGGGAAGAACUGUCCUAACUUAGGUAUCCGAUUUGCCCAGGCAUUGCCAUCACAGAUAAAAGACCAGGUCAUGGGGUCGCGGAGUACAGAACUUCGCAAAGACUUAGAUGCAAUGGUCAAUGACAUGUUGUUUGUGGUUACUGGAAAAGCCGAUGAGACGGUGAAGUCUGCUAUCACGGUACUCGCUCAGGUACUGGAGAAGAAGGCCUAA